AUGAGUAGCUUGUCAGAGAAAUUAUUUGAGAGAUUGGUCUCUCCUAGACCUCCAAAGGUCCAGAAGGAAGAAAUCGACGUGUCCACCGUGGACCCAGGUGAAGAGUCGUCUACAGGAACGUUCCAUGAGGUUCACCGGACGGACAAGGAAUCACCAAGCACUUUGACUGGAUUCUCAGUGAUCGCCAAGCCGAAAGGAAACCAAUUCCCCGCUGCCAGUGUAUCUUCUGCGCCUGGAGGAGCUACCAGAUUCAGCUCCCGAAUCCGAAAGAAGAUCUCAUCUCAGAAGGACACCUACACGUCGGUAGCUCGCCACGAACCAGACGAGAACAAUACAAUUGAGCCAGACGACGAGGAACCCCUGGAUUCGGAUGACGACAAAGCAAUGACGGAUAUUGAAAUGGCAGAGAUCUCCGACACUGGAUCAACAGUAGAGUCAAUUCCCGAAGUUGAGUCCUCCGCAAAUAUGGUCCACUUGACCGACAAGCACUGUCGCAUGACCUGCAAAAUCACAGAUAUCCAUGGUGAGAAGCACCUCUGUGUCUGUGGAGCACUAGCGAACCUUUGCGGUAGACACUACAAGAAGCGAAUCAAUCCUACAGGGAAGCACCAACAGGAGGCUGCUUGGUACCAGGCAGCUCAUCCAAAAAGGGGUGACACAGUGUACGGGAAGGCCGGCUUCACAUUAUCCGACAGAGACAUGGAACUACGAAAGUUAGACGAGCGUGACCAGAUGACUGCCGCUUUGCAGUUUGUCCAGAACAGUGGAAAGGCGCACCGGGAAAGUCUGGAACUCAUUGCUCUCAAAGAAUCCAGGACGGAGGAUCCAACCAAGAAUCUGCAAGUUACCUUUGAUCAGCUUGAAGUCCGAGCUGGUCCACCCGCAACAGAUGCUAGUGGACCCCCCCUACCGCCACCACAGCCUUCAACUAAGAACUUCUACGGCUUCCUAGAUGCCGCCGACAACAGGUACAAAGCCUCCAGCAUUGACGAAGCUACUGAAUACUUUAAGAUGGGUUUGGCAAUGGACCGCAAGUUUGAUAAUGAACGAGAGUGUGAUCUGUGGGUGGCAAGCGGCGCGGCUCUCCAACGAUGGAAAAAACAGAGCUCCCCCGGCGCGGCUCCAGGGAGCCCAGCUAAGUCUCCACUUGGAGCCACCACUCCCAAACGAGGCAACCUUGCCGGACCGGGGUCCGUUCUACUGGAAACUGAUGAUGUGGUUUCGCUUAGUGAAUCCUCGGCUACGACUCUUGAGGAUGAACGAAAAUCGGGGUCGAAGGGGAGACACGGGAAGGAUCACAAGAAUAAGGAUUCACGAAGACGGAGACAUAAAGAUAAGAAGACGGGAAAGAGGGGCAAGGAUCGGAAGAAAGGAAAAGGUCGUGGCCGAAGACACGGAAGGCGACGCAGGGGGUCUGGCGACUAUGAUAGCGACCCUUCGUCGUCCGGCAGUUCCUCUUCCUCGUCCAAGUCACCUUACGAUGGAUGGAGCUCAAGCUCCGACAAAGAUUCCGAUGACAGCAGGGCAUACAAACGCUCUGAACGGCGUAAACGGAUCAAGAAGAGAUCGAAACAGUCCAGGAAUUCUUCCCGACACAUGUUGGGAUAUGACGAAAUAUGA